AUGACUCCUUUCUCUUGUUUACCUUCUGCAAGAAACACCAACUCCCCUCAAGCAUUUCUUUUCAGGAAUCCUCAUUUAUAUGUUCCCAGACACCAUUACCAUGAAACUAAACUGCCCAAGAAAGAAAAUCUUGUGUUUGGGCCUCUCCAAGUUCCAGCCAGGCCUUGUCUUCCGUUCUUGAGCUUCAGAAACUCAAGACUCACGCACCCUUUUGCCAACAUAUCUUCUUUUGCCGAUGCGGAAGGCGAAAAAGGGCAAGAAGAUGAAGCUAAAGCGAGUGAAGAAGACUUGCCUGGAAUGGCUCAAGCUCUUAAUAUAUCUUCCAGUACUGCUUCUGCUAUUGCUAUAUUCAUAGCGUUUGCAGCUCUGAGUCUUCCGUUCUUCAUGAAGUCUUUAGGUCAAGGAGUUGGUUUGAAGACCAAGUUUUUGUCAUACGCGACGCUUUUGUUCGGGUUCUACAUGGCUUGGAAUAUCGGAGCCAAUGACGUGGCGAAUGCUAUGGGAACUUCGGUGGGAUCGGGUGCAUUGACCCUGCGUCAGGCUGUUUUGACGGCGGCCAUUUUGGAGUUCUCGGGAGCGUUGUUGAUGGGAACUCAUGUGACCAAUACAAUGCAGAAAGGAAUCCUUGUUGCUGAUGUGUUUCAAGGGAGGGGUACUCUCCUUUUUGCUGGAUUGCUCUCUUCUCUCGCUGCUGCUGGUACUUGGUUGCAGGUUGCAUCAUAUUACGGGUGGCCGGUAUCGACGACGCACUGUAUAGUAGGAUCAAUGGUUGGAUUUGGCCUGGUUUAUGGAGGACCUGGCGCUGUUUUCUGGAUGUCUCUGGCAAGGGUUAUUUCGUCGUGGGUUAUCUCACCUGUAAUGGGAGCCUUGGUGUCAUUCAUAGUCUACAAAUGCAUCCGCAGAUUUGUUUACAGUGCUCGUAAUCCCGGACAAGCAGCGGCUGCUGCAGCACCAAUUGCAGUCUUUCUGGGGGUAACCGGGAUUUCUUUUGCAGGCUUUCCGUUAAGUAAGAGCUUUUCGAUAGCUCUCGGACAAGCUUUGGGUUGUGGAGCAGUUGGGGCAUUCAUAGUUUACAAUAUUAUCAGAAAGCAGCUCGGUCAUCUCCUUGCCAAAGCCACUUCUUCAUCACGCUCGGAUCCGGAAGAGAGUACUACUCAUAUUAAAAAUCUUGGCCUUCUCUCGGAUGUUGCAGGGCCUAAAGGCACCCAACUGGAAAUAGUUUAUGGGGUUUUCGGGUACAUGCAGGUAUUGUCAGCUUGCUUCAUGUCAUUUGCACAUGGAGGAAACGAUGUUUCGAACGCGAUAGGACCUCUAGCUGCUGCAUUAUCGAUUCUUCAAGGUGGUGCCAGCAACACUGAGAUUAUUAUUCCAAACGAUGUUCUUGCCUGGGGAGGAUUUGGAAUUGUAGCAGGGCUUAUGAUGUGGGGGUAUAGAGUGAUAGCAACGAUCGGGAAGAAGAUAACUGAACUCACACCAACUAGAGGGUUUGCAGCCGAGUUUGCAGCGGCUUCAGUUGUCCUCUUUGCAUCAAAACUGGCAUUGCCGAUAUCGGCAACACAUACUCUGGUCGGAGCAGUCAUGGGGGUCGGCUUUGCGAGAGGAUUAAAUUGUGUUCGAGCCAAAACUGUUCGAGAGAUUGUGACAUCCUGGGCUGUGACAAUUCCAGUUGGUGCUUCUCUUGCGGUCGUCUACACAUUGAUCUUAACCAAACUUUUGUCAUUUAUUUUAUGAUAACGUAUUCGAGAAAAUCUGAAACCUUCAUGUAUGUGAUCAAUUCGAAUCACUCACCCUUUUUUGAAGUAUUUUUGUGAAAUUGUUAUGCCAUUGUUGAGUUUAUGUGA